CCUUCCGCGCCCUUCCGCGCCUCUCCUACCCCGCCUGCCCGGCCUCCCAUUCAUUCCGCCGCCGCCUCCCCUCCUCUCCUUGCCCCUACUUCCCCGGCCCCAGCGCCUCCUGGCGCGGACUCUGCCGGGUCCUCGGGGUUCCUGAGGACCUUCAUGGAAGUUUAGGGCCUGGACAGUCGCCCCGAGUCCAGCCUGAGAGCGCAGCCGGCUGCUGGCCUGGACAGGAAGAUGUCUGUGCUUCGGCGGAUGAUGCGGGUCUCCAAUCGCUCCCUCCUCGCCUUCAUCUUCUUCUUCUCCCUCUCCUCGUCUUGUCUCUACUUCAUCUAUGUGGCUCCGGGCAUCGCCAACACAUAUCUCUUUAUGGUACAAGCCCGAGGUAUAAUGUUGAGAGAAAAUGUGAAGACAAUAGGACACAUGAUCAGGCUGUACACCAAUAAAAACACAACACUCAAUGGUACAGAUUAUCCUGAAGGUAAUAAUUCGAGUGAUUAUCCUGUCCAAACAACAACGUAUCUUCCAGAAAACUUCACAUAUUCACCAUACCUCCCCUGCCCAGAAAAACUGCCUUACAUGCGAGGAUUCCUCAAUGUCAAUGUAAGUGAAGUCAGUUUUGAUGAAGUACAUCAGCUUUUCUCCAAGGACUUAGAUAUUGAUCCAGGAGGUCACUGGAGGCCUAAAGACUGUAAACCCAGGUGGAAGGUGGCAGUUCUCAUUCCUUUCCGUAAUCGCCAUGAACAUCUUCCAAUUUUUUUCUUGCACCUGAUUCCUAUGCUCCAGAAACAGCGGCUGGAAUUUGCCUUUUAUGUCAUUGAACAGACCGGCACGCAACCUUUUAACCGUGCAAUGCUUUUCAAUGUGGGCUUCAAAGAAGCCAUGAAGGACAGCAUCUGGGACUGUGUGAUCUUCCAUGAUGUGGAUCAUCUCCCUGAAAAUGACCGGAACUACUAUGGAUGUGGAGAAAUGCCACGUCACUUUGCAGCAAAGCUGGAUAAAUACAUGUAUAUUCUUCCAUAUAAAGAGUUUUUUGGUGGUGUAAGUGGACUGACAGUGGAACAGUUUAGAAAGAUAAAUGGUUUCCCUAAUGCUUUCUGGGGUUGGGGAGGAGAAGAUGAUGACCUUUGGAACAGAGUUCACUAUGCUGGAUAUAAUGUAACCAGACCAGAGGGAGAUUUAGGGAAAUACAAGUCUAUUCCUCAUCAUCAUCGAGGGGAAGUCCAGUUUUUAGGACGGUAUAAAUUACUAAGGUAUUCUAAAGAACGUCAGUACAUCGACGGGUUGAACAAUUUACUAUACACUCCAAAAAUACUGGUUGAUAGGUUGUAUACAAAUAUAUCUGUAAACCUCAUGCCAGAGUUAGCUCCAAUUGAAGACUAUUAGAAGUAGCUCUGUGGUGAGACAGACCACAGUGCUGGACCAGAAACCUGGAGUCCACUCAUGAUGGAGGUCAGUGAUUUGAUGUGUCUCAGUGUCCUGAUUGUGGAAAAGAGCCAGUGUCCUUCGUGUUUACAGUGUGGGAUUAAAUCCAGCCACCCUUCUCCUGCCCACCCCCCCACCUUUGAGACGCAUCCCAUGAGGAGCACUGCAGAAACUGGAAGCCGUUGCUGAAGAUUGAAGUUAAGAGGGAUCACUACAAAGAGAAAAUUUUUAUACUAAAAUCUAUAGUUUAAUUCAAGAGAAUGCUUUUAUUUCCAUUUAAACCUAUUUUGUACAUAUGUGAUGUAAAUUAAUGUGUUCAAAUUGUUUAAAAAUAAGAUGUGUUACAGUUUUGCAUGUAAUCAGUUAUGCCUUUAUUGGACUUUUAUAGAUAUUUUUAAAUUUGCAUGGGGAAAAAAACCUGUAAAUUUAUGUCACUAAACAAAGGUUAUCCCUUGUGUGAAAUGAAGGAACUGUCAAUAAUUGACAACAAACGAAUACAGUAAACUAUUAUACUAGUUUUCAGCUUUAGACCUUCAGCCUCACAUGUGGAAGAAGUCAUGGCUUCUGAAGGCUUUAAAGGGAAAAAUACUCAAAUGGUUUUUCUUCCUGCCAGAAUUACCUUUUUUCCUUGCUUGCAGUCUCAUCAGAUCUUGCUAAAUAACAACCAUAUUGUUUAUGCAUAUUGCAUGAAUGUUACCAAGAAAUCUUAAAAGUUGUGAUGUGACAUGAUAUAAAGGACCUCUUUAUGUUAAAUAUCUUUCAUGUACCUCUGGUGUAAGUGUCAGGGAUUUUGUGCCUCUAAAAAUGUUCCCAAGAAUGUGUGUUUAUACACUGUGUGUUUUUUUUAAAUUCAUAGUAUAUAGCACUUUUAUUAUUUCCAGUUCAGAAGAGCCAAAAAAAAAAUUAAAAGGUUAAUUUUUUUCUUUUUUAAAGGAAUGAGCUAUGAAAAACCCAGUAGUACUUAUACAAAUUAAUUAUACUAUUAGAUAAAUUAAAAUGUUCUAUUUUUAUGAAUAUAAAUGCUUAGUAAAGACAGAUUUUAAGUUUAAAUCACUUUUGAAAGGGACCCUUUUAAUAUCAGCAGUUAAAGUCAAAUUAUAUUUUUUCCACUUUCAAGAAAUCUUUGAUGUUAUUAAAAUUUCCUCACUAAAAGUAUAGUUCAGUAGAACUAUCUUAAAAUACAUUUUCAGUUAUUUAAAUACACUAUAAUAUAUACUUCGGAAAACAGGUCUUGUUUCCUGACAAGUAUUUUUAUCUUAAAAUUGGAUAAAAUUUUCUGAGGCAAACCAAACAACAUUCUUAGUUUGAAAAGUAUUAGAAAAAUCCUUUAAAAUAUUUUACAAUAUUUUCACAGAUGAAAAACAAAAAAAAGUGAACCUGCAACAAUGAAGAGUAAUAGAAUUCUAUAUAUAUGAGAAAUGUUUGGGUAAAAUUUGCCUAUGAAUUAUUCACCUAAAACAGAAAUAUGUGUGUGUGUGUGUGUGUGUGUGUGUGUGUGUGUGUGUUUUUAAUCUCAGGUUGUAAGUUUAAUUUUGAAGUGUCAUUUUUUGUGGCAGUUUCAGUAACAGAAAUGAUCAUAAACCAAAUUAUAAAAUAAUUGAAAAUCUUAUAGUUUGAAAAACCUUACAGCCUCUCUUUAUGAUGCCAAACUGAAUUUUUUCAUAUUUAUUUCUUAGAAAUAUUUCUAAAACAUUUCUUUCUUGGGGGUGAUGCUCAAAAUAAUAAAAAAAAAUCAAACCUUCUGAAAAUGAAGUCAUUUGUACUUAAGUUGUGUAUCUGUUCAUUUUGUCUCUCAUUGCCAGCAUAGUUUCUUAACUCAAUGAAAUGAAAAUAAUAUGAUAAUGUUCACGUUUGUGGACCACUAGCAAAAUACAAAGAUCUUGGGAACAUAAUUAACCCAAUAAUGCUGAAAUAUUUUAGUUGUGGGAAAAACUAAUUAGUCUUUUAAGGAAAUACAUUUUUGGUUUUAAUGAAGAAUUUGCCUGCAUUUGGAAUCCUUUUGUUUUGAUAUACAUUUUACUUUUUUGAGAACUCAGUACUACUAGUAUCUGCCUUAUUAUUAUUUUAGGAGUUGAAUGUAAGUAUUUUGCUUUUUUGCAGUUUUGAAUAUGGUAUAUUAUCCUGUGGAAAUCAUAAAAAAUUUUUAGUACAUAUCUAAAAUUAUUUUGGCUGUAAACAGUAAUAUUUAUAUGUUUCUGUAAAUGACAGGUUUUUUUCCCGGUUAUCUUUAUUAUAUGACAGAAAAUCUAUUCCCUAAAGACUAAAAAAUACACUGCAACUGCAAACAGUCUUCUUUAUAGUAUAUUUAGUGGAUUUAUUAAUGAAUGUGUAUUGAUCAUCUCCUGUAUCAGGUGCAAUGCUGGCGUGUCUGUUUAAAAGUAUUAUUUCAUUUCUAAACAAAUCAAGUCACGGAAGUUGAACUCUUUCUGAAAUCAUGAAGUCAUCCCCUGAUAGUUAAGGUCUCUGUUGUAAACCUUAUCUCAAAGUCAGUAGUCAUCUAUAUGGAUGUAGAUCAGAAGUCCCUACUGGGGCUUCUGUAGUCCCUACAGAAGGCACUACUGGGGACUUUGGUGUCUUUCAGUUUGAGAAAGAAGUAAUGAUUAAAGAGCCCGUUUGUAGAAAAGAAAAGAGAAAAUGUACACGCAUUUCUUGUACAUUGUGUCUGAUUCACAGUGAAGAUAGUCCUUCAGUUCUUCACCCAAAGUAGGGUUCAAUGAGGAUUUUUUUUUUUAAAAAAUCUUAAUUUGUAUUUUGUGAAAAGGUUUUCAGUAGGAAAACCUUAGUUAUAAUAUUACAUAAAUAUAAAAUUAUGUGUUACAAACUUACACUUUUAUUAGCCAAGAUACUGACCCCAUUUUAAAGCAAAAUGGGAAAAUAUCCAAUAUAAUAUUCUCCUGGAUGCUCCCUACAAGCAAAAGCACAUUUUGUGUCACUUUAUUUGGCCUUGGCUUGUCUUGUUACAUUUAGUUAUGUGACUUUCAGACUAAUAGGCCUCUAGAUUUAUUGUUUUGGAUUUGCAAGUAUGCCAGCUGAGAACUAAAAUGUUCAUACUGUUGUUUAUCAGAAAGAGGAAGUGUACUUAAGAUUAUUUUGUUAAGAAAGGCUUCUACAUAAAUGCUCUGAAAUAAAUGCUAGUAAUUUCUUGUAUUCCUCAUUUUCUUCAUUUUGCUUCUCGUGGAAAUGUUUGUACUUUUUUAUCAUUGUCUUUUAUGAAAUAUAAUGUUCUAAAGAUUUUGUGUGAUGAUGUAAUUAUUUUCUCUCAGGAACCCUUUUUGGGUUACCUGGGGGUUUUUGUUUAUUUUCAUGUUUCAAAUCGAAUUACUGAUGAUGAUCUUGACUGACCUUAGAGUUGCAGCGUAAGCAUGAGGCAGUCAUAGCUGAAAUGCAUUUUGCGAUCAUCUUACAGUUUCUGCCUCAAAAAAGAUGCGAUCAUAUUUAAAUAUUUUUCAUUAAUUCAUUUGGUAAAUCUGCUGCAUCAAUUCAAUAAUUUCAAGAAUUCAAUAUUAGCAUAGUGUUUCUUCUCCCUGUGCAACUUCACAAACGUAAGCUGAUGUGUUAGGGAAAAUUUGUUUGUUUUUUAGGUGUCAGGCAGUUUUGGAGAUAUUAAAGCCAAACAGUCAAGUUUCUCAAAUACCAUGGGACUAGACUGUGAGAUCGACUUAUUGUUUGUAUAAUGAAUUAUAAGUAUGAUUAAUUUUAUGCAUAAGUAUGAUUUACAAAGACAUUGUCAUUGUAUCACAAAUA